AAAUUCCACAGCGAGAGCAAAUAGCAGAUCCCAUUGUCAAACUGGUCUUCGCUAUGCCAGACUCAACUACUUCUCCGUCGGACGUCGAGGCCGCACGCCUGCUUUCCGGUUCCAGAUCGUCAAUAUCGUCACCUCCAGUUUCCCGCAAACUAUUGGCCUGCAUGCCCGUGCUGGUGCUCGCAGCGGUGACCACCAUGGUGGUAAUGACAGUCGUUGUCAACGGCGUCGAUUUCGGCACUGGUAACAGCGUCGCGUCCGUCAGCAGCUCGACAACGUUCCUGGCUGCCAACCUUCCAGUCAAUAUAUCACAUCCGAACUCGCAAUGGUAUAAACGCAGUUCCAGUUUCGACGAGACUGUAGGACGCGACCGCGGAGUGGUGACCUGUAUGCACGAUGGCGUACUGCCAUUGGGGCUUUCACUCGUCCGUGAGCUCCGAUGUUUGGGCAACCGGGAGUUGAUCCAAGUGUACCAUUGUGGCCAACAAGAACUGUCUAACACAUCCCAGGAACUGUUAUUAAGUGCUGACGAUAGACUGGAGUUGGUAGACGUAUGUUCUGAUCUAGUCGAACGUGGCGUGAUGGACGACAAGAUGGCGACGCAGUUCCGGAGCUGGUGGAUCAAACCUCUAGCCAUGUAUCACACGGAUAUUCGUCAUGUGAUGCUAGUGGAUGUGGACGACAUUUUCGUUAAGAACCCUGCUCUCUUGCGCGAUCUGGAAGGAUACAUGACCACAGGCACGACGUUUUUCUAUGACCGUGUGGUGAAGAACUGCCGGAAGUUUAUGAGCGGUAUGGACGGCAGCUUGCAGUAUAUGGACAAACUGAUCUCGACGUUCGACUACAAACGAUUCAACAUUACAGGAGAGGCCAAGCCGUCCGAAAACGCAUUGAAGUCGUUUGCAUACAACAACAAUACUUGUCACGAAAUGGACUCGUCGCUUGUAUUAAUCGACAAGGAACGUGUUGGUCAAGCGGCGAUGGAUGUUAUGCUCUGGUUCAUUACGGAGGAACGAUUCCGUUAUAUGUUCUCGUUCGGUGACAAGGAGACUUUCUGGCUCAGUAUGGAGAUAGCGCAUGUGCCGUAUUUCUUCUCGCCUUGGGGUGUCAGUGUGGUGUCAUCGUCCCCUAAUAAGGACAUGAAGGAGCAUCCGGAUACCCUAUGUGGUAGUAUUCUCCAGUACAUGCCUGUAGAUGACAGCAAUCCUGAAAUGCUGUACGUGAACGGUAAGGCAUUGGUGGAUCCGUAUCCGUCAGGCGUUGACGGUGUCGCCACAGCACGCCGACAGAAUCUCUAUAACACGUUCCCUACGCACAUGGUACCGCGACAGAAGCGGACACCAACUAAGUCAUCUCGUCAACAGUUCACAAUCGAAUGUAUGGUUGGGCUGGGUUCGACUCCGCUUCCUGACUCAUUUGCCGGUGCCUUAAUGCGCCGUCGACUUCAUUUCCUGGGCGUCACAACGGGUGUAUUGGGCUCGCUACAGCAUUGCGAGACCUACGAACUCAACUUCUAAUUAGAAGCGUCUAGAUUUAGGAAAGCUAGUAUGGCGUGUCGUGCUGUAAUUUGUUCUAAAUAUUGUACAAAUACCCUAAUGGAAACCACUGAAAGUUGGUUGCUUUGAUAUUAUGAAAUGAA